GCAAACGUGGAGUUGCCGGUGGUGCUUGUAUCGGCCUCGACCAAAAUCGAGUUCGCCAUGCCAAUCGCCUGGAUGGACGACCCGCCGCACGAAGGAGCCUUUAGCUACGAAGCAGAUCGCGGUGGAGUUUAUUGUGCCAUGAAGAUGGCCCUGCGAACCAAAAUCCGAAACUCAAAGGCCGACAAGAAGUGGGAUGUGUACCGCUACUACGUCGCGCGGUAUGACGCUCUAUUGGGACGCCCGCCUCGGCCGCGCACGAUGGAGGACUUCAUGAAGGAAUUCCAGUUGAAGAGCCUAAACUCUACGAAGGGCAUGUCCCCUUUGCACUGCGCCAUCCUGUCCGGUGACGUGGAUAUGGUCGCAAACCUGUGCAAUGCUGGCCUGGAUGUGAACAGGUUCUGCGGUCCGUUGCCGGAAGCCUACAUUGUCUCAGCUGUGCCGCCGCUGUCGCUCGCGGUCUGGAUCAGCUGGCGCACGCCUGAAGUGGCCCGCACCUUGCUGGAGCACUCGGCGGAUGUCAGGGCGACCGCUAGUGUUGGAGAGAAUGUGUUGGGAUUUUGCCGUUCCCCCGCACUCGUGGAGCUUCUCCUCCAACGCCGGGCAGAUGUGAACAUGAAGUGCUCGCUUCCUGCACUGACUGUGGCCUGCGCGAUGGCAUCGCCCACCUCUGUAAUCGCGUCGAUGCUGGAGCACAAGGCGCAGGUGAAUCCUCCUGAAGGCGGCCCCUCGAGCAAGCACCCCUUGGCUGCCGUGGCAUACCGGUCGUCGGUGAGCACCAACACCUUAGAAGUGGCCUCCCUCUUGCUGGAUGCCCAGGCAGACGUGAACAUCCGAUAUCGCAGCUCCGGAAGGUGGCGGGCUGGAGAAUUGAUGUGCAGGAGCUUCUUGAGACUUCGGCGUGGUCCAACGGUGGCUCAGUUUCUUGCCGACUGGUCUACCACCCCCUUGGGAUUCGCGUGCUUCUUCGAGUGCAAUGAGCUGGUGGAGCUUCUGCUCACCGCGCAGGCAAGCCCCGAGAUCCCCAACGAGCGCGGGCGAACGCCAGUGGACCUGGCGAGAUCGAAGUCGACGCUGGACCUCAUCCAUCAUCGCCAAACCACGUUUUCCAUCUGACGCGGACAUUGCUAGCUUGGUGGGAAGAAUGGAGCUUCUUGCGGGACAAGGCAGCGGGACAAGGCAUUUUCACGCACCGGGACAAUGCCAGCUUUGGCUUCUCCGGUCGCUUGCAAAAGGCGUACCAGAAAGUCGGAGCGGUUGUGUAUCACCCCCGACUUUCAGGGCUCCCGUUUAAAUACGGCGCAGAAAUCGCGUGUGCAAUUGUUCACUUCGGGAACCCAUUGCCCCCACUAUUUGCACAGAAGAAGCAGGGGCUUCCAUGACAACCAGUGUUUGCGGAGCAGAC